GGAGUAAAUCACAAACUAAAUGCAAUGUGCAAUCACAGACAAAAUACUUGUUUGUACCAGGAGAGGUGAAAAGCAACACCAGUCAUCAUGGAAAGAAAAAUUCUUGGCUGGAUAUUUUUGCUUGGAUGUUUACACGGAUCCUCUGGACAAACCACAACAACUUCGACCCCAACAACUGCAGCACCCACAACUGCAGAACCAACACCUGCAGCCCCCACAACUGCUGUACAAACAACUGGACCUCCGACAACUGCAGCCCCCACAACUGCAGCACCAACAACGGCCACUCCAACAACUGCUACUCCCACAAGUGCAGCACCAACAACUGCUGCACGACCAACUGCAGCUCCAACAACUGCGGCCCCAACAACUGCAGCACCCACAACUGCAGCCCCAACAACUGCAGCCCCGACAACAGCAGCACCCACAACUGCAGCACCAACAACGGCCACUCCAACAACUGCUACUCCCACAAGUGCAGCACCAACAACUGCUGCACAAACAACUGCAGCUCCAACAACUGCGGCCCCAACAACUGCAGCACCCACAACUGCAGCCCCAACAACUGCGGCACCAACAACUGCGGCACCAACAACUGUGGCACCAACAACAGCCGCACCAACAACUGCUGCCCCCACAACUGCAGCACCCACAACUGCUGCUCCAACAACUGCAGCUCCAACAAGUGCAGCCCCAACAACUGCAGCACCCACAACUGCAGCCCCAACAACUGCAGCCCCGACAACUGCAGCCCCCACAACUGCAGCCCCCACAACUGCUGCACAAACAACUGCUACUCCCACAACUGCAGCACCAACAACUGCUUCUCCAACAACUGCAGCACGCACAACUGCUGCUCCAACAACUGCAGCCCCAACAACUGCUGCCCCCACAACUGCUGCUCAAACAACUGCAGCUCCCACAGCUGCAGCCCCAACAACUGCAGCACCCACAACUGCUGCUCCAACAACUGCUGCCCCCACAACUGCAGCUCCAACAACUGCUGCCUCAACAACCGCUGACCCAACGA